AUGGUAGUGCGAAUUACUUAUGAGGACAUGGAUGACAAAUGGACCUUAUUCAAGCCCCUUAAGAGGGAUCUAUGGCUGACAAGCAUAGCUUUCUUUAUUCUCACUGAAUUUUUUAUUUGGGUUCUUGAACACAGAAUAAAUACUGCAUUCAGAGGAGAAAGACUAGUGAGCAAUCUUACUCGAUUGGUUGUGGUGGUGUGGGUGUUUGUGAUGCUCAUAUUUAGCUCCAGCUACACUGCAAGCUUAUCAUCGAGAUUAACUGCACAGAGGUUUCGACCAACCAUCAAAGACGUCAAGGAGCUUCUUGAAAAUGGACACAAUGUCGGGUGUCAAGAAGGUUCAUUCAUGGUUGAUCGGUUGAAAGGGAAGGGAUUUGAAGAAUGA